AUGGCAACGACGCACCGCAGCAGGGUCCUGAUCAUCGGCUCCGGCCCCGCCGGCUAUUCCGCAGCGAUCUACGCCGCGCGCGCCAAUCUGGAGCCAAUCAUGGUGCAGGGCCUGGAGCCCGGCGGCCAGCUCACCAUCACCACCGACGUCGAGAACUAUCCAGGCUUCGCCGACAUCGUCCAGGGGCCGUGGCUGAUGGAGCAGAUGGCGGGCCAGGCGCAAGCUGUGGGCACGCGGCUGAUCCACGACAUAGUAGUCGCCGCGGACUUCAGCAAACGCCCCUUCGUCUGCGCCGGCGAUUCCGGCGAUUUCUAUGUCGGCGACACCGUCAUCGUCUGCACCGGCGCGCAGGCGAAGUGGCUGGGCCUCGAAAGCGAGCAGCGCUUCAUGGGCUUCGGCGUUUCGGCCUGUGCCACCUGCGAUGGCUUCUUCUUCCGCGGCAAGGAGGUCGCGGUGAUCGGCGGCGGCAACACCGCCGUGGAGGAGGCACUCUACCUCACCAACCACGCCAGCAGAGUCACCCUCGUCCACCGCCGCGACGCGCUCCGCGCCGAGAAGAUUCUGCAGGACCGCCUGUUCCGCAACGACAAGAUCGAGAUCCUGUGGGACCACGUCCUGGCCGAGAUCGAAGGCGAGAGCGAUCCGCCGACGGUGAUUGGAAUCGCAGUGCGCCACGUCGAGACCGAUGCGCUGCAGCGGAUCCCGCUCUCGGGCGUGUUCAUCGCCAUCGGGCACCGCCCCAACACCGAGCUCUUCGCCGGCCAGCUCACGAUGGACGCCGAGGGCUACAUCCAGACGAUGGCAGACAGCACGACGACAAACGUGCCGGGCGUAUUCGCCGCCGGCGACGUGCAGGACAAGGUAUUCCGGCAGGCCGUGACAGCCGCCGGCACCGGCUGCAUGGGUGCGCUGGAAGCCGAGAAGUUUCUCGCCGAGGCCGAAAUGCCCAGGGCCGCCGCGGCGGAGUGA